AUGCGGAUCUCCUCCUCCUCUCCCUACACCUGCCAGAGGUGUCUCUCCGCUAUUUCGCAGUCGACGCGCACUUCACAAUACCCUGUACGAAGCCGGGUCGCCUGGACCCAAAGGUGUUUCUCUUCGACUCCGCGUCAUGCCUCAAGCCUCCCAGUUACUCCAGUUACUGCCCAGGCCGCAGCACGCAGAAAAGUAAAGUCGACAGAGAAAAGGGCUGCUUCUUCGGUGUCCGCCCAGCCAAAGACUGAUUCCUUAACUUUCCAAGGUUCUGGCCAGCCAAAUGCCCCUCCAACAAACACAGAACGACCUCUGUUGAUGCCGAAUAACCUCUUCCACAAAUUCUCCGAGUCGCCGUCACCAGAAAUUAGGCGCCGCGCUGCUUUCAUCAAGCAGAAUGCUCUCUGUCCUCAUCCCGACCAUCGCCAGUCCCGAUUGCCUAUGAACCCCGACGAUCCAGAAGCGAAGAAAUCGGCAAGUGGUGGAUUACCACCGGCCCAUGUGGAUUUCGAAUGUCCAGAUUGCGGGAUCCCAAUCUCAUGUUCUGAGGAGCACUGGGCUGAUGAUUAUGAAUCACAUUUGGAAAUUUGCGAUACUCUACGAGAAAUAAACGAGGAUGACCAUGACCUGCGAUCCGGCCGCUUCUUCCCAGAAUUUGAAUAUCCGCCGGAUCAAAUCGAGGAGGCCAUGGUAAACAUGACCAAUUGGGAUACUUUUUUGUUCUCCAGAGAAUUCAAAGCUAUUAAUGACGAGAGGAGUCUGAGACAAGCAACGAGGCUAUUGACUUAUCCGGUGACCAUCGCCAGUGUACUGCACGAGCUGAGUCCGUACAACAUUAAGAAAGAUGGACGUCUCACUGUAGAAGGAUUAAAGAGUCUGAGUGCACUGCGUUACACUCUUCACCCACCGCGAACUGGUGGUGGCCCAGAUGUUAAAGGACUUCGGCCUGCUCCACCUCCAAUGAGGAUCUUUAUUUUGGGUGCUCGCGCGGAGUCAUCGCUGCCGCGAGAGGUAUGGGUGCAAUUGACACAUCUAUUUCCCCGAGUCGCUUUUCACCUAAUCUUCAUCGGUCCCGAGAGUAUGACCAACCGAGAGGCUGAAUUUCCGCUACCCGAGAGGACGCCCGCCAACCCAUUCGGAGCUGUUGUCGAAGAUCGUCUUACAAGUUACCUGAAAAUUAGCACCUUCGUAGAGUACUACCACACUCUCCACCAAGCAGGGCAUUUCUACCCAUAUGAUCCCUACUUUGACUGCUUCAUGCUUUUCCAUCCUGGUUUGGGCCAUCCCGCGAGCUCACAUGAGUGGCAAGAAACGAUACCCCAGUUGCUCGAAACAAAAGUUCCCAUCUUAGUCACUGGAUAUACAGAGUAUGAUAUGAAACGUGAUAUCGACUGGGUGAAAGAAACGGUUGGAGGCGAGAUGGACAUGCUCAUGGAGCCUGGAGAAAACCGUUUCAGAAGUCUGAGGUGGGAUAUCAACGAUCUAGAUCCCCAGGAUGUCAGUUGUGGAAAUUGGGGAGUUUGGGCAUUCCGAGGCAAGAGAUAUGAAACUACGAGAAAGGAUCCCGAGUAG